CACGCACACAGGGCGGCGCCUGUCUAUAAAAUGCUGGAGGCAACAUUUUCCAAUCUCUGCCUAUGACUUCUCCUUCAACCCGCUAACACCAUUCGUCUGCUUGUCUAGCCAACCUGUGCUGCGAUCAUGCCAUCGGAAUUGGAGAACGCCAUGGAGAUGCUCAUUAAGGUCUUCCACCGCUACGCGUCCAAAGAAGGCGACAGCAACUCCCUCUGCCGCAGGGAGCUGAAGGACCUGAUGGAGAACGAGCUCUCUAGCUUCCUCAAGACUCAGAAGGACCCGGCCGCAGUGGACAGGAUCAUGAAGGACCUGGACGCCAACGGCGACGGGGAAGUGAACUUUGAGGAGUUUGUGAACUUUGUGGUGGCCCUCUCCACUGCUUGUGCAAAUAACUACCAAAUGAAGCAGAGGGUGAAGUGAGAGAGGGACAGAGGAGGAGAGGAUAGGAGGAGAGAUGGAGGAGAGAUAACAUUUGUAACGAGUGCACUUUCAAUUAAACACUCCCGAACCCAAGAA